AUGCGGUGCGCGAGCAAGGCCGCCGAGAGCGCGUCCGCACAUCUCUGCGCUGGUCAUGAAGACACUCAUGUCUUCGCAGAGUAUGAGCUCGGAGUCUCAUACGCUCCUGAUACGGAAGACGGAUCCGUAUCGACGGCGAUCGAAUCCAAGCCGCCUGCCAAGCGCGGCCUGGAUGAUGCUACGCAUCGUAGCAUCUUUGGUUCGUCUGAUGAAUCAGAUGAACCAUCGCCAAAGCGAAGGCGCUCGAGACCGCAAGACUCGGGCGCUAACAGUGGUGUUGGUUCUCCUACGGACACCACUUCGCAACAAGGUACCAGUCCUUCUGUCGGCACGUCACAGUAA